UCUCUCGCUCGCUCUUGCGGCAGGCGGGCUUGGGAGUGGGCGCAGAAUGCAAGGAAGGGUUGAUCCCGGGCAGGCGACAUGAAGCCGGGCGGCCAGAGAGCCGGCCUCCUCCGCCGCCGCCGCGGCUCUGGCAAACGGGGUGCAGCCAGUCGGUGGUUGUUUCUUUCCUGCCGGGAGGCCGGAGUUUAGGCGCUGGGCGCUGCUACCGCUGGGAUGGGCCAGGCGCGAGCGGCGUGCUGCCUCCUGCUCCUCGCCGCCGUCGCCUGCGGGCGCUGCGGGGCUCGCUUCGUCUUCCCCCUCCAAGUGUCUCCCGCCGUGGCCCCCAACGGCUCCGUGGUCCCUACGCCGGUGCUGCUGAAACCGGCGGGCAGGACUGGGGCCAGCCAAGAGGCGGCCAGCUUAGCCUUAGCCGCGGAGCCGGGCGCCACCGUCAACUUCGUGGCCAUGGUGGACAACCUGCAGGGCGACUCCGGGCGCGGCUACUACCUUGAGAUGCUCUUGGGAAGCCCGCCGCAGAAGCUAAAUAUUCUAGUUGACACUGGAAGCAGCAAUUUUGCAGUGGCAGGUGCACCGAACGUAGAUGUGGCUUCAUACUUUGAUACAAAAAAGUCAAACACAUAUCGGUCACUGGGCACUGAGGUCACUGUUAAAUACACUCAAGGGAGCUGGACUGGAACUCUGGGCACAGAUAUUAUCACUAUUCCUAAAGGGAUAAAUGGAACUUAUACUAUCAAUAUUGCUACCAUCUUUCAGUCUGAGAAUUUCUUUUUAAAAGGAGUUAAAUGGAAUGGGAUUCUAGGUCUUGCCUAUAGUGUCCUCGCCAAGCCCUCAAGUUCUGUGGAGACCUUUUUUGAUUCCCUUGUGAGUCAAGCCAAGAUCUCCAACAUCUUUUCCUUACAGAUGUGUGGAGCUGGUUUGCCUGUUUCAGGAUCUGGUACCAGUGGAGGUAGUCUUAUAUUAGGUGGAAUUGAACCAAGCCUGUAUGAGGGAGAAGUCUGGUAUACGCCUGUUAAAGAAGAGUGGUAUUAUCAGGUUGAAAUUCUCAAACUGGAGGUUGCAGGCCAGAACCUUAAUUUGGACUGUAGAGAGUACAACAAAGAAAAGGCAAUUGUAGACAGUGGCACCACUCUCCUCCGACUGCCUGAGAAAGUCUUCAGUGCUGUUGUGGAUGCAAUUGUACGCACAUCCUUGAUCCAAGAAUUCUCACCUGGGUUUUGGACUGGUGCACAGCUUGCUUGUUGGGAUAUAACUGAAGAACCCUGGACCAUGUUUCCAAAGAUAUCUAUCUAUCUGCGAGAUGAAAAUUCCAGCUCAUCAUUUAGGAUCACUAUCCUCCCACAGCUUUAUAUUCAGCCUGUUCUAGAGAUUGCCCAGAAUCUGAACUGUUAUCGGUUUGGUAUCUCUUCAUCUACCAAUGCCUUGGUCCUUGGUGCUACAGUGAUGGAGGGUUUCUAUGUCAUCUUUGAUAGAGCUCAAAAGAGAGUGGGCUUUGCAUUAAGUCCAUGUGCUGAAGUUGGUGGUUUUCCGGUAUCUGAGAUUGAAGGCCCUUUCACAACUGCUGAUGUAGCAAGCAACUGUGUGUCUACAAUAUCUUUCCAUGAACCAAUACUGUGGAUAGUGUCAUAUGCGCUUAUGAGUUUCUGUGGACUAGUCCUUCUUUUUCUAAUUAUCUUGCUGCUGCUUCCACCUCGUUCUCAGCAUCGUUACACUGAAAAUGAUGUAGUAAAUGAUGAAUCAUCCUUAGUACGACAUCGAUGGAAAUGAAGGAUUUGAUCAAACUGCAGGGAAUCCUUGUUCUGUUUAGUUGAAUUGUGGCUAUUUUAACCAAAGCUGGAAGUCCAGGUUUCACACUUUAAAAAUUUCAGCAUCACAUUCCGCUACAAAAUGUCCUCUGAUUCUGCUGCGUUAUAAUUUUAAGCUUUGUUUCUAACCAGGGUUUUGAACCAAAUGCAUAUAACAGUAACAAGCCCUAGUCCGCUGUUUCUGGAAAGACAAUCAUUUAGCUGAACCUUUAUCCUCUUAUUACUUUUUAAAAAUGCAAAUGUUAUAGUUCCAACAAGAAUUGAUUUUUUUCUUCUUUGCCACAUUUAAAGAAAGCCAUUGUUGUUUUAAAGCAUGUUUAAAUCAGGAGAUUAGUUCUCUAUAUAGAGGAAGGAUACAUGUUAAACUAGGAAGAGAUUUUUUUUUUAUUUUAGAUAGAGAGCCAUAUCAGUUACUUCCAAAGGAUCCAGAUUCUCAGAAGACAUGAAGUAGGGGAAAAUACUGAAACUGAACCCUACUGUGCUGCCUUAACAUAAAACAAGACUACCUCUUAAUUUACAAGGAUGCUAUUCACAAAUAUGCAGGCAGAAGAGUUCAUGAAAUAGAAAAGAUACUUUCCUACCAAAACAAGGCACAAGCUACCUUGUUUCAGCAUUCCCUUUGAGUUUUUUUCUAAUUAAUGACAUUUGAUUUUGCCACUCAUAUUAGCUUCCCUUUUCUGAAUUCAUGCAUAAGCAAUGUUAGGAUACAUUCACUGAGCCUUUGUAUGUACCUUCUGCAAAGCAGAUGAAUUAUAAGGGCAAGUUUCUCUCUUUACACCUUUUUGAUAUAUCUAAUGACUAGACAUUGAACUGAAAACAAUCCAGUCUCUUCAAUUGAAAGGUGGCCCAUUUGGCUGUGAGUGGAAAAGGUAAAGGGUUUUUCAUGAAUAAACAGUAACUAGGUGGUUGACCACUUGAUUAAUAUAAGCUAAGGUGUUCUUUUUUCUUUUUCUUUUGAAGCCUGGUAUUGGUGACAGCAAAUAGGAUAGUAACAGUACAGUCCCUAAGCAAAGUAAGUACCCUUCUAAGUCCACUGAAAUCAAUGGGUUUAGAAGGAUGUAACUGAUUAGGGUGGCUCUGUAUUUGCACAACUGUCUUGAUGUGUGCCAGCUUCUGCCCACAAAUGUCAGUGCUGGCUUGCUAAAUGCCAACCUGUACUGAAUUUAGUACCUGGCAACAGCACACCUACAGCUGUUUUGGCUGACUUUCUCCCCCACAAUUGACAUAGAUUUAGACACUUGUGUAAAAAUUAGUAUUAGUAAAAGAGCUGAAAAUGACUUUAAAACAAAAAUUUAAUGCCUGGACAGGUUUUUGAAAUGUAUAAAAGAGAUUCCCUAGAGGCAAUAAAGUGGCUCUAUUUCUUAAUAUUCACAAUAAUCAAGAAACAAAUUAAUUUUUCCUCUCUGCACUCAGCAAUAAUCAUGCCUGAAAGAAUGCCUCCUUAUAUUUGAUUAGGCAUUUGUAUAGAACUGUGAAAUGCAAGUAUAUGUACAGAAAAUAAUAGUUUGUUGUAUAGCUGGCCAUUAAAUUUUUCUUUUCACAUAAA